UGAAUGAGCAUUUAUGAAGGAUAAUUUAUUGCAACUAACCGAAUAAUACGAAAUUCGCAUAUAUAAAUAAAGAGUUUAAUAUGUUCAAGAAAUUGUAAAUUUAAUGAUGGAUUUAAAGAGUGAGUUACAGUGCAUGAGAGAUUAUGUUAAGAGUGGAGAAACUAAAGAUGGUUCUUGGAGAAAUUCUCAGCUUAAAGGGUUACUUAUGUUUGUUAAGGAUAAUCAAACUGAGAUUUUUAAAGCUCUCAUGCAAGAUUUAGGCAAACAUCAUAUCGAAGCUUUUAGAGAUGAGGUGGGGUUAUUGAUCAAAUCGUUGAAUUACGCAUUGCAAGGAUUGCGAAAAUGGAUGUCAAGCGAAAAGGCGAAGCUGCCAGCACUUGCAAUCCUAACAUCUGCAGAGUUGGUUCCUGAGCCUCUUGGCCUUGUCCUUGUUAUAUCAUCCUGGAAUUUUCCUAUCGGGUUGUCCUUGGAGCCAAUUAUAGGAGCAAUAGCUGCAGGAAACACAGUGGUUUUAAAACCUUCAGAAAUGGCUCCUGCUUGUUCUUCACUUCUAGCUAAUUAUCUUCCUAAUUAUAUUGACAACAAAGCUAUCAAAAUCAUCCAAGGCGGACCGGCUGUUGGCGAGCAACUCCUGCAACAGAAAUGGGAUAAAAUUUUCUUUACAGGUAGUGCGCGUGUUGGCCGGAUAGUUAUGUCAGCAGCAGUGAAACAUUUAACUCCGGUUGUUAUCGAAUUGGGUGGCAAAUGUCCUGCUAUAGUUGAUACUCUAUCAUCAUCUUGGGACAAACAGGUUGCUGCAGAUCGAAUUGCUGUGUCGAAAUUUGGUGCCUGUGCGGGACAAGCAUGCAUAGCUAUUGACUAUGUUCUUGUCGAAAAGCGAUUUGCUUCUACUUUCGUGGAAUUAUUGAAAGUUUCUGUCAAGAAAAUGUUUGGAGAUAAUCCAAGUGAGUCCAAUACCAUUGCAAGAAUCGUUAACAAAAGUAAUUUAUUCAGAUUGAAGCAUCUUUUAAGUGAUUUAGCUGUCCAAAAAUCUAUUGUCUAUGGUGGUUCUGUCGACGAAGAGAACACGUUUAUUGAGCCGACAAUACUGCUAGAUCCUCCCCUUGAAUCAGCAAUAAUGACAGAUGAAAUAUUUGGUCCACUGCUUCCUAUAAUUACAUUGGACAAGAUUGAAGACAGCAUAGAAUUCAUAAACUCGAGGCCGAAAGCACUUGCAAUCUACGCCUUCACCAAAAAAGACAAGUUUAUGGAAAGAAUGGUAGCAGAAACAUCCUCAGGAAGCUUGACAUUUAAUGAUGCAAUUCUUCAAUAUGCAGCUGAUACUCUACCAUUCGGAGGGGUUGGUGAAAGUGGGAGCGGUAGGUACCAUGGAAAAUUCUCAUUUGAAGCGUUUACGCAUUACAAACCAGUUGUUAGAAGAAGCUUUCUGGUAGAUUUCUGGUACAGGUUUCCUCCAUGGAAUCCUCAGAAGUUUAUGCUUUUUGAAAAUACUUACAAUUUGGAUUAUUUUGGACUACUCCUUGUCAUUCUUGGCUUGAAGAAGUCGAGAACUAUUUAAUCAGUAUUCAUCAAAAGACAUUGAAGUAUGAAGAUAUUCAAGUCUACAGUAUAUCUAAACAGCGAUGUGUCUGAUUAAUAAUUACUAUAAAAGGAUUAGAUAAUCUGUAUUUUGAAAAUAUCGAUACUAAACUUUCAUUUAUAUGGCUUUA